AUGUAUUCCAAAGAGAUUCAGACCCUCCUUUCGGAAGGAUCUGUGUCCUAUGCCGCUAAAGAGUAUGACGCUGCUUCUGAAAAGUAUGCAGAAGCGUGCGAAUUGUACAGCACCGAAAACGGUGCUGAUGACGCAGACUUGUUGCUUUUAUAUGGUAAGGCCUUGUAUCAAGGUGCAGUUUCCAAGAGUGAAGUUUUUGGGGGACAACCGCAGGGUGAUAAUAAAGAAGCCAGCGGUGAAGAUAAGGCAGAAGGUGAAGGCGAAGGCGAAGAAGAUGAUGAUGAUGGAAACUUCCAGUUCCUUGAUGUUGCUGAGGAAGUUGGAGAUGAAAAGGUAGCUGCUGCCGAUGAAGAAGAUGAGGAUGAAGAGCAGGUUCCCUUGGCUGAAGAAGAUGAAGAAGACGAAGAACAUUCAAAAGACCAAGACCAAGAGCAAGAGCAAGAAGCAGCGGAGGGCGAAGAACAAUCGGACUUUGAAGUCGCAUGGGAAAUACUCGAUUUAACAAGAUCCCUCUUUGAAGCAAAAUUGGCAGACCUUUCAACCACAUUGGUACCUCCAUAUUUGGCCUCAGACAACGAAGAAUCGUCAGAUGAGUACAUAAACCUUACCAAGAAACUCUCAGAAACUUAUGACUUGUUGGGAGAAGUUUCGUUGGAGUCAGAAAACUUUACUCAAUCAGCCAUUGAUUUGGAAAACUGUCUUGCUUUGAGAGAAAAGCUAUAUAACCCGGACAAAUCGUCAUUGAUAUCUGAGUCGCACUACAAAUUGUCCCUUGCUCUAGAGUUUUGCGUGGAAGAUCCUAAGCUGAAGAGCAAAGCCAUUGAGCAUUUGAAAAUUGCCAUCAAGUUGGUCCAAGAGAGAAACGUCAAUGAGACAGAUGCAAGGAAAAAGAAAGACAAUGACGAACUUGCACAAGAUCUUCUUGUCAAGCUUGAUGAAUUGCAAAGAGAGGAAGAGCCUGACUUUGACGAACAAAAAUUGGAUAUAUUGAAGGGUAUACUAGGACAGCCGACAACCGCCGACGCUUCAGGAUCCAAACCCGCUGCCAGUGGAAGUUCAAACGCGAUAAUAAAUGAUUUAUCGUCUGCUAUAAAAAAGAAAAAGAGUCCUAGCGCUCCUCAGGUGAAUGAUCUAUCAUCAAUGGUGAAAAAGAGGAAACCUGCCUCAAAGGACGGUAAAACAAUGAAGAAGCCGAAGCAAUAG